AUGGCUGGCAAGGUUGCACCCCGCUGCUUGCUCAUCAGCAACAGCACGACGCACCCUACAGGGUACUUGGACCAUUGUGCGGAGGCCAUGACGACAUUCCUCAAGGCCAGCAACGUCUCAUCGGUCCUGUUCAUCCCAUUUGCACUCAAGGACUGUGAUGCAUACACGGCCAAGGCGAGGGACCGCUUCAAACUGAUGGGCUUUGACGUGAAGGGCCUGCACGAGUGCGACGACAAGAUUGCCGCUGUGAAUGAAGCAGAGAGCAUCUUCGUUGGUGGCGGCAACACCUUCCGCCUGCUCAACUUGCUCUACAAGCACAACGUGGUUGACGCCAUUCGCGCGCGUGUCGCUGGGGGCAUGCCGUACAUGGGGGCGAGCGCCGGCACCAACGUGGCCUGCAAGUCCAUCCGCACCACCAAUGAUAUGCCCAUCGUCCAGCCACCCUCGUUUGAGGCCCUCGCCCUCGUCCCCAUCCAGAUCAACCCACACUACCUGGAGCCAGACCCUAACAGCACCCACAAGGGCGAGACAAGGCGCGAGCGGCUUGAGCAGUUUCUGGAGGACAACACAACACCAGUGCUCGGCGACAAGUGGACGGUUGAGGGAAAGAACCUGCCGAUUCGCGUGUUUCUCCAUGGCAAAGACAUGCAGACGUUUGCUGUUGGCGAUGACGUGAGCUUUCUGCAAGAAGAAGCGAAGAAGGCCGCAGCUGCUGAGCAAGCAGACCCAGCACCCAAGAAGCCCAAGGUGUAA